ACACAUCAACUAUUCUUCGAAGACGACGGUCGAUAUCAAAACAAUAAAAAUAUGAAGCUGUUCGUUGUCCUCGCUCUCGUAGCUGCCGUGGCUGCUGCUCCUCAAUAUCCCCAAGAUGUUCAAAUUGUUCGUUAUGAUACUAGCAAUGGAGGCCUCGACGGUUACAAUUUCGCUUGGGAAUUAUCCGAUGGAAGUAAGCACGAAGAAGUGGGACAAUUGAAGAACCAAGAUACCGAAAAUGAGGCAAUUGCAGUCCAAGGAAAAUACUCCUGGGUUGGUCCCGAUGGUGUUCUAUAUACCGUAAUCUACACCGCUGAUGAGAAUGGUUUCCAACCUCGAAUUGAACAAGGUCCAGGCGGCACUAUACCUUCUGCGGUAGUAGCAUCUCUUCUCGGCUAAAACAUUUAAUUUAUGAUGAGGACAUAAAUGUAACUAGGUCAAUACUCAUGAACUGUAUAUAACAUUUAUAUACUGAUUCUUUAGAUUUAUUGUUCAUAAUAUAGUUAAUUUUAUAUAUGAAA